CAAGGCACGGAUGGCGACAUCACUGCGGGACGGGUGGUGAUGACCCAGAGUGAAGGUGAGGGCUGGCGACGCGGCCGAGCGGUGCCUUGUGACAUCUCUGUGCGAUGCACCGUGACUGCUCAGCCCACCCUGCUUUAACGCGGGUGCGGCAGCCCAGCCGAUCAGUUCACGCCUGGCCUCCGACCGAGCGCGUGUGCGAGGACUGGAGUGCGGACAGGGCGAGUUUGGAGCUGGAACGUGCUCUGGGUGCUGCCAGCGCAGUUCUCAGCGGCCGUCUCAGAGCCACUUGUGCUGUACCCCGACCCUGUGGCAGCAGGCAGACGGACGUUGCGCAGAGUCGCGUGCAGCAGUGCAGCCCACGGGACACUGGGACGACGGAUGCAGGACGAGCAGGGCCUGCAGAGCCGGUGCUCGUUCCACCCGAGCACAGCUUCCCGGCCGAGCUCCGGGCCGCGUAUUUCGCUCGACAUCCGCCAGGCCUCGCGCCCCCGCUCCUCUGGCCGCAGGAGGAGAUCCGGGCAACGGCCGGCGACGACUGGUGGGAGGUGCAGGCGGGGCCGCGGGCCACCGCGAAGCUCCUUUGCGAGCACGGGCUCGAGCGGGCGGCCUUGGUACAGGAGCUGCAGCUGAUCGCCAACGGCCACGCGGCGCCCUUCGUGCGGCGCCUCAUCGGCGUCGCCGCAGCCCCGUACGGCCCCGCCAUCCGCCAUCCGCCGCCGGCCGGACCGGCGGGACGACCGUGCUGCAGGAGGGCGGGAGGACGGCCCCGCGGCCGGCCCCGGCAUCGGCACCUGCCGGACUUCCAGGGGAAGGAUACCUUAAAAUCAGCUCUCAGCCGGAAAGGAAGCAUGUUUCACACCUCUAAACAGUCACAUCCCAUCCCUCCAUUCAGCGGAGAGCAGCUGAGUCCAUGA